AUGCAGAAGGAGGACCAGGCACAGCUGUCACGCAGGACAGGCCGUGUGUACGCCCCAGCUCUGGGCUCUGCAGGUCAGAGACCCUGGUGCCCAAGGAGGCCCAGUCUCUCCAGGGCGCUCAGCGAGGGACACAGCCAAGCUGCCCAAGAGCAGCAGGUGAGCGGGGAGGCCACCUUGCUGGAGGUGGCAGGCCCUGACCGGCAGGAGGGCCUGAGCCUGGUGCCCGCGGAUGCCUGGGCCCCACGCAGGGGCAGCCCCCUCCCCGCCUCCCUUCCCACUGUGACAGCUGGCCAGACUCCGCCCAGGGCGGAGGAGCCUCCAGGGGGCUGCCCCACACCCCUCGGAGCCCAGCCUGGGUCCAGCUGCCCCAGGCAGGACUCAAGCCUGAUGGCCGCCCAGCACAAGGCCCGCUGCGUCCUCAGAAGCUACAGGAGCGGCACUGGGGCCACGUCUCCUCUGCUGCUUGGGAGUCUGGCUAAGGCGUCACCUCCGGGGGCCCUCAGCACGCCCAUGGAGGACAUGGCCACGGCAGCUUGCAGAGGUCUGGGUGCAGGGACCAUGACGCUGGACCCAGGCCACAGGCAACAGGUCUCCUGGCACCCAGCGCCCCCCGGAGACCAAGGUGGGCAGCAGAGGGAUGCCCUGACCGUGCCAGGGCCAGAGCUGAGCCGAGGGCCACAUGGACAGUGGUGUUGGGGCAGCUCUUACCUGUCUGCUUACCCCUGCGAGCUUUCGGUCAGCCCCUCCGAGCCCCUGCAGGGGCUGUUCCCGAGGGGGCAGACCCAGGCAUCGGGACCAGGGAUGUCGCUGGUGUCCAGCUGCCCCAGCCUGAGGCCGCGGCGGCAUCAGGACGAGGGCGGGGCAGGGGCUGACCGCCAGGCCCGGACAGAUCCUGGUUUGGGGCUGCCCCCUGGUCCAGGACCCGCCCCCUCUGGACAGCAUCGCCUCUUGCCCACCCUCAGGGACACAGGUGGGCAUGUGGACAGCGGGAAGGACAGCUGCGCCGGGCUGGGACUCACACAGGCCAGCUCGGGCCAGUGCCCGAGGGGUGGGCUGCGGGGUGAGCCAGCUGCACCUCCCCCGCCCCUCCAGCAGAUGUGCAUCAGAGGGUUGUUUCCUUUCUCCUCGUGGCACAAGAACAGCGGUCUCCAAGCCCCCCAUGCCAGCCACGGGCACAACCAGCCACAGGACCCUGUAGGGGAGACGGUCCUGGGACAGGGGCCACCCUGCCACCGUGCGAAUGCUGGCUGGGAGAGCAGCCCCUGGGUGCUCAGCCAGGUGGACACCACCAUGGUGCCUGCUCCCCAAAUGAGAAAGCUCGAGGGAAGGCCAGGCCAGGCCCUGCAGGAGAAGGGCCAGAACACCAGCUGCAGGCCCCUUGGCCGGGUGGCCUCAGGGGGUCACCGACAUGGGGACAGAAACAACACCCCCUGGCUGGCCCUGGCUUGGGGAGGACCCCUGAGGGGUGCAGGGCAGCCUCAGCCAGGCGGCGUGAGCGGCCUCCAUGUCCUGGCCGUGCAGCCGGCCAGGAGUCAGCGCCCGGGCAUGCGGCUGAGGGGGCCCGUGUGCAGGCGUGUGUGGGUGAUUGUGUGCACCCAGGCGGCAGGCGCCUGGACUGGCUUGUGUGAGGGGCUGACACCCGGGGCUGGUACCCCGGCGGCUGGACAAGGGCCACUGUUAUCCAGUCAGCAGCUGAGCCGGGGCCUGCGGUUCACCUGGGGCAGCAGGCUGGGGGGGGUGCCCAGGCUGGUGCCCCCCGCCCUGCUCUCCCACGGGGCCAUUGGCCAGCCACCCUUCACCCCAAGGAGAGACGUGCUGAUGCUGGGGAGUUCCACGACCGGAAGUGGCUUUGACACAGGGUCCCCGCUGACCUCGCAGGUCGACCCCGCCUCCAGCAGGGAGCAGUACAUGGGGGCGGGGCAGCAGACCACACCAAGGGAUGGGUGGCCGCUGGUCACCCCCGGGUCUGCCCGACUGAGCUUCAUUCUCUUUGACUGUUUUCUGAAACCACAAAGGGAUACUCAACUCCUGGUAAAAAGGUCAGACCUGACCCCAGAGAGGGUGCAGCAUGGAGUGGGGCUGCCCGCGGGCCUUCACUUGGAUCCCCACUCUCCAGCCUCACGGGGCGGGGGCUGCUCCCCUCCUCUCCCGGAGCCCAGUCGGAGGUCCCCCGAGGCGCCCAUCGGGAGGGCCCGAGCCCCUGGGCCCCGCCGGGUCCUUCCGGGGCUGAGACCCCGCGCCGCCGCCCCCACCGGCGGACGCGGGGACGGAUCUGCCGGGCCGCUCACCCUCGACCUCACAUCUCAUUCACCCGCCUGCUUCCGCCCGGCCUGUUUCUUUCGGGAACCCCCCACCCGCGAUGACGUCAAGAGGGGCACGAGCAUCCCGCCCGCGGCCACCUGGCGCCAAGCGCUUUCCAAGAAGGUCGCGGCCCACCGCGCACGCGCCGUGCCUAUGUCCCCGAAACCUCGGGCUUUACCGUCGGCGUCAUCACGCCCGCAUCACUACAGCUCCGGGAAGGGGGAAGGGGGCUCCCAGCGCCCGGACGCGCGGGCGGGCCGCGGGCGGAUCCCCGCCUUUCCGGCCGCCCCAUCCCGGACGCGACGCGCGGGACGACCGCGCCCCUCCCCCGACCUCUCCGGCCCCGCCACCCCUCCCCCCCGCCCCGCGGCCCCUCCCGCGGCCGAAGCCUGGCCGACGCUUCCGGCGCCGCCCCCUUCCCGGCACGGCCGCGCCUCGCUUCCCGCCCGCGGGCCGAGCCCUUCCCCGCCCCGCCGCUGCUCCUUCUCUGCGAGGGCGGAUACAGGGGCGGCGGCCAGCCCUCCCCUUCUCCGGGGGGUUAGGGGGACAAGGCAUCGACGGGUCGGGCCUGGAGGGGCGCGGGGAGGGGUCUGGGGGAGGGGUGCCCCUGUUCGCGCCCUCUUAGGCGCGGGGUCUCCCGAAGGGCUGAGCUGCCGAGAGGGUCCCCUGCCCCCUCGCGCCCAGGUCCGGAGCCGGGACACUGAAGCCCACGGGCCGCCCCUCUCUAAGAAGGUGGGCGCCCCGCACUGCACACGCCCCGUCAGGCCAGUGGUGUGGAGCCAGCCAGCCUGGCGUCUGGGAUGA